GGGAGACGCGCGUCCUCCUAUUUAUUUUCCCUGCACUGACAGCUCUUGGCAGGUCCGUGGAGAGACUGUAAACACUGAAAUUUGUAUCAACAUUCCUGUUCUGUGAUAAAAUGGAGGAUGAAUUUGAUCCAUACAGCCUUCCACCUGAAGUGACCACUCCACCUUAUGCCCUGAUUGGAAUGAUGGGAUUGGACGUAGCUGAGAAGGCAACACACAAGUCUGUCUGGGAAGCAUUUGCACUAAACCGGAGAACAGACCGCACCCCACUGCACUUUCGACUCCUUUCUCCUGACUUCCAGAUGCCUCCCAUGAAACAAAAGAGACAGUCAUAUGAGUGGUAUAUCCCCAAGGGUAUUCUCAAGUCAAACUGGAUCUCCAAGUACCUGUACCAUGUGCCAGCACUUGUUGUCUUAUUCUAUGACUUGGACUGGAAUGACAAUAGCUGGACUGAGAAGAAGAAUGACCUUGCCAGUAAAGUUCAGUCACUCAAGACUGUGUUGGGAAGUCGAAACAGUCGUGUAGCGCUGGUUCUUAUUCAGAGUGGGAUUAGUGUACCAGGUGAGGACACGGGAGCAGCAGAGAAGGCAGCAACCCUCUGCACUGCCUGUGAUCUACCUGCUAAGCAUCUUUUUGUGUUACCUCACUCAGAUGCUCAUCUUUUAGGAUAUACUGUAAGGCUGGAGAAUGCCCUUAGUGAGAUAGCUUGGACCUUUUAUCUUGGUGAAGCAAAGGGUGUUCGAGCUCAUCGCGAUUUUCUUAAUAAAACUAACCAUACUCUCCUGUUUGUACGACACCAGUUUAAACUUGGCUUCCUUAAUGAGCUUCGGAAUGAUUCACAAACAGCCAUCAAGCACUACGCUCAGUGUUACCACCACCUUCUGGACCUACGAUCAACUGACACCAAUUUGCAUGAAAUCCGGAUUGUUGCAGCAGUCAUUAACUACAAGAUCUGUCGACUUGAUUUCGCCCUCAAUCUUCCCCGAGAUGCAAUUGCCCAGUUUCGGCGCCACAUUGAUCAGUUCCGUCAGAGGACAGGACCCAAGGAAUUAAUCUUUGAGCAUUAUGCGUGGCUUUCAAAGCAAUACCAGAUCUUUGGAGAUGUAUUUGAGGAAGCUGUGCGCAUUGGUCUUCCUGCAGUACAGACACAGCACCCAGGUUUCUACUAUCAGCAAGCAGCUCAGUAUGCUGUUUUAAGAAGAAAAACAGCACUGCAAGUGUGUAAGGAAGUGUCAGCUCCUGUGUCAGACUUACUAGAGGGAUGGAGCAAACUAGAGUUCUAUGGUCAGCGUCCUUGGCGGCCAGGGAAGCAUUCUCUAGAGCCUCCAGAGCAACAGAGAGAAGCAGAAGGGAUUAAGGAGAUCCAGUAUCAUGAGGUAAAAGAAGUAAACCAUUCCAACACCAUCAUUCCAUUAUUUUCUUCGGCAAUAAGUCAGUUUAAGAAAUACCGAUGUCCACGCAUCAAGAGACACCUGAUGGUCCAGAUGGCAGAAGAGUAUCACCAAGCCAAUGACUCUUCCAAAGCUCUCACCUUACUGAACCAUGUGAUGUGGGACUACCGCAGUGAGAAGUGGUGGAGUCUCCUCUCAUCAGCCUGUACUUUAGCACUCCAGUGUGCAUAUAACACUGCUGCUCUCACAGAGUACUUUGGCAUAGCCCUUGAGUUUAUGGGCACAAAACUUUUGACAUCACUGGAAGAAAAGAAGAGGGUGCAUGAUAAUCUUAUGAAGCUGUUUAGUGGACAGUCUCCAGACCCUGAACCAGGAACACCUGCAGAAGUUGUUACUGUAGCAACAGAAGCGUGGUCUGCUCUACUAGGAAGUCAAGUAUCACCCGUCACAGUAGACAUGACAACCUUAGUGCCAUGCCUGGAGGUACGAGCGUCGUUCACACGGAGCCAGUUUCAUGUGGACCAGGAAGUGGGCGUGACAGUCAAGAUCAGAAACUCCUACCUGACGUCCAUCUCAUUGAGCUCUGUGAGUGUUGGCACCAACUCCCCCUCCUACAAUGAUCGACUCUUGGAAACACAGCCAGAAAAGCUAGUCCUUCUCCCAGGCCAAGUGACAGAGAUCCAUCUCAGUUUUGUCCCUCUUGUGGAGGAUGUUGGCAAGAAAGUCAAAGUGACAGGGGUGCGGGCUCAGAUGGGGGUACCGGGCAGCAGUGUCGUUGUUGGUCUUCAGUGGACAGGGCCAGGAAACGAAGGAGUUACCAUGCAUGCUGCCAACACACCAGCAUUCCCAGAGUUCAGUCUCCUUUAUAAAGACAAUUUUGACAUCAGUGUCCCCAUCGCAGAAAUGGAGGUUCUACCCCGCCAACCUCGCCUCGAGUUUAAGGUUGAUCAUGAUACCACAGCACUAGUAUGGGAGUGGCUACCAGUCAAGGUUCACUUCACCAACAAUGAAGAAAGUAUAGCUUCAGACAUAUCCUUAAGCUUUGGACUAGACCCUUCUUCACCUGUUAACCUGGAGCAUGCCACACAAGUGUGUACAUCUUCGGGUCUACUCAGUGACAAGUUAGGAUCACAGGUCAACAGUUUUAGUUAUGGAGAAAUGGGUGUUGGAGAACAAUCAUCUGUGACAUUCUAUGUUAAAUCUCUCACUGCAUCUGAUCGAAUACUAACAUUAAAGCUUGAGUACACUGUGUCUUUAUCCUCUGGUGGAUCUGUUGUCCAUUGCCCAUGUGUGAGUGAAAAAAACAUCCAUCUUCAGGCAAGAAUUCCAUUCCAGGUAACUGUGGAAACCCAGUCAUUAAAGUUUGAGAAAGUAGGAAGAGUGGCUGGUGGUGAAAACUUCUUGGUGGUGCCCAAAAUUAAAUGCACCUCUCAUGUGCCCAUCACUUUCACUGACUCCUCUCUGGCUCUGGCUAAUGAAGUUAGUCAAGUUGGCACAGAAUCCAAGUCACAGGUGAUGAACACAGAACUUUCUGAAGGAGAAAUGGGAGUUGACUGUUUCUGUAUUUCUCUUAGUAAAAAAUCUCUCCCAAACUCAGCUUUAACUCUUGGACAGUAUGUCUUAUAUUGGAAAAGAUCAAAUAGUGAUUCCCCAGCUGUUAGUGUAAGUGUAGGUCUUCCUUCAGUAAUGGUGGAACAUUGGGGUGUGUGGGUUGAGUGUGAGGUGGCCCCACAAGGAACAGUGCGCACCCCACUACCUCUGGCUUACACCAUAUCAAACCAUGGUGCUCACACUGCAGAGCUUGCCCUCAAUAUGCAAGUAUCAGAUGCAUUCAUGUAUGCUGGACACAAGGAGGUACGGUUACGUGUGUUGCCAAGCUGCAGUGAACGAGUGACAUAUACACUGUAUCCUUUGUUAGCUGGAAAUGUUCAUUUACCAAAGCUAACAUUGAGCGUUGAGUCCCACUCUCCAGGGCAGCCCACAUCCCUAGAUGCUUUGCUAGCUCGCACUCUACCUACGCACGUUUACAUUAUGCCUCAAGCUAAGGAUAAUGAUCCAGGUAUAAUUUCAGUGACUGGUCGCAUCUCUACAAUGGUUGUCAGCUAAUUGACAUAUAUCUUCUGAAUGUGGUUGUAAGAAAACAAAUUUUUUUUAAAGUCAAUUAUUAAACUUUUAUUGUAUUUUUAAUAAAUUAUGUAUUCUUAGCAAAGAUGUUAAUUGAUGAUGGUAUAACAGCAGAAUUCUAUGUUUUUGUUACGUAUAGAUAAUGAAUGUGUGAAGUGUUGUAUAAUAGGAUCUUAUUAAAGUGACUAACUACU